AUGGACGUGGACACGGGCGUGGACGACGCCAUGGCGCUCACCUUCGCGCUGACCUCGGAGCGUGCUACGGUCGAGGCGAUCACCGUGGUGGCGGGAAACGCCUACCGAGACGUGGCGUACAACAACACCCUGCGCGUACUCGAGCUCCUUGGCAGAACUGACAUGCCAGUGUACAAAGGCGCGGACCGGCCCCUCGUCGAACAGUUGGAAACUGAGAAGUUCUACUUCGGGCCGGACAACUUCGGCGGAGUCAGCGACAAGUACCCGAUGGCCGUGCUGAAGUCGGUGUCCAACAAGGUGGCGCACGUGGUCAUGAGAGACAUGAUCAGGCAGCGGCCCAAGGAGCUCACACUCCUCAUGGUGGGACCCCUGACGAACUUGGCCAUCGCUAUGCUCAUGGAUCCAGGACUGACAGACGACGUUGCGCAGAUCUUCAUAAUGGGAGGCACCAUUUACGGAAAGGGCAACGUCAAGCCUGGCGGCGAGUUCAACUUUUAUACUGACCCGGAAGCAGCCCGCGUCGUUCUGCAGAGAGCCACUUGUCCCGUGACCCUCGUGGUCUGGGAGGCUGUGCUUGAAGCCACGGUGCCUUGGCACGUCUACAACGAGGUGGUCGCGGAAGACACGAAGCUGACGAGGUUCCUGCGCGAAGUGAACAACCACACGAUCGAGUGCUGCAUGAAAGGCGGCGAUCAAGGCGACUUCGCGGUCGGCGACUUCCUCGCCGUGAUGGCCGCGCUGGUUCCGGACAGCGUGAGCGGAUCGGUGGACAUACGCUCCGACGUCGAAUUGCACGGAGACUACACAAGAGGCCAGAUGGUGCACGCGUGGCUUAAACAGCACUUGCCUCACAUAACGCACAGCGUGACUGUAGUUCAGAGCUUCGACGUCGAAGCCGUGUCCAAUCAAUUUCGCAAGGUCUUCCUGGUCGAGGACAGUGAUGACGAGUAG